AAAAAUAAUAAUAAAGGUCCCCACAUGCCUCACUGCUAUUAUUAUUUAAAAAAAUGUAAUCACUAUGUUUUUGUCUCUGGCUAACGCUAAGAAAAAAACGAGUGGAAAAUUGUUCGUUUGUACAGCCACUGCUAAAGAUCUUGGCCACUGCUGCUAAUGCAGGCACCCCUUGUGGGCGUUGUCGGUGCUGUGUCCAAUGGCGAGCGGCGGCUGGCCGGUUGCCAUGCGCCUUUAAGAGAGCCGAGCUUGUGAUUGGUCCGGACGGCCUCCCUCCCCCCUCUGUCCUCCGUCCUGCCAUGAUGUCACCGCAAGCUGCCGAUUGAAGGCAAGAGGGGGAAUGUGGCUGUGGAGAAAGAGUCGCCACUUGCUCGCCUCCCCUCGCCCUCGCCCUCGCUGCCGCCACAGCAGCAGCAGCAGCAGGAUCCACUAGAGCACCGGGAUGGCCAAAGACGAGUUCCUGCUGCGCUCGGCCGGGGCGCCGGUGAUCAUCAAGCAGGAGCCCGACGACGACUCGGACGCGGACGAGCCGAAUUUGAAGAAGUCGGACGAGCUUCAGAUCAUCCACAGCGGGCAUUUCAUGGUGUCGUCGCCGCACCGAGAGCACCCUCCCAAGAAAGGCUACGAUUUCGACACCGUCAACAAGCAAACGUGUCAGACUUACUGCUUUGGGCCGUACAGCGCGUCGCAUCUGUCCAUCGACGCUUCGCUGACCAAGCUGUUCGAGUGCAUGACCCUGGCCUACAGUGGAAAAUUGGUUUCCCCCAAAUGGAAAAAUUUUAAAGGAUUGAAACUUUUGUGGAGAGACAAGAUUCGACUGAACAACGCUAUCUGGAGAGCAUGGUAUAUGCAAUAUGUGGAAAAACGAGACAAUCCAGUUUGCCAUUUUGUUACCCCACUAGAUGGCACAAUUGAGUUUGACGAACCGCGAAAACCUGAAGCAGCUACCGAAGGAAAAUUCUGGAAAAGAAGAAUUGAAAUUGUAAAAAGAGAGUAUCACAAAUGGCGUACAUACUUCAAGAAAAGGUUGCAAAAGCACAAAGAUGAGGACCUUUCAUGUCUAAUUAAACUUUCCGGGUUUGAUGAUGGAUGCGCAGAAAGCUGCUGCCUUUCAUUUCAAGAUGAUGACUUGGCAUUAUGGUGUGCAAAAAGAAGAGGGAGUGAUACACCCGUUCCUAUGGAGGAAGACCAGCUCCUAGAUAUGGAUAUGCUAGUGUAUGAAUUCCCUGACACGCUUUUUUCAACUUUGUCUUCACACCAUCCUGUUGCCUGGCCUAACCCACGAGAGAUUGCUCAUGCUGGCAAUGCAGAUAUGAUUCAGCCUGGACUGAUCCCUCUUCAGCCCAAUCUAGACUUCAUGGACACAUUUGAACCUUUCCAAGAUUUGUUUCCAACAACCCGCUUCUCCUCUCCUUUUCCGUCCGUCCCUUCGAUCACCCCCCUAGGUGGCGGUAGCUCACCAUCACAGGAAGCCAUCCUGUCUGCUAGCAAUCUAACUGGUACAAUCUCGUCAGUUAAUAUUGAGGAGGACCUAAUUCCAUCCCCUGCUCCUCGUUCAUUGAUGAACCGUGUUGAUACCAACAAUGACACAGCUUUUGUUGAGAAUCAAGAGUUUCAACCUCAGACAGCAAUUAACAACGAGGAAACAUUUUUACCACUGUUUUCAUCCGAUGUGCCGUCAUCUCAAACACCUCGAAUCCAGCAGCAAAAAACGGCCAAGUCUGAAGUGCCUCCCAUCAUGUCUCUAAAUGCUCAGACAUUUGUAGGUGCAGGGAAUCAGGAGUUUACUGUUUCUGCUUCCCCCCCAUCACCAGCGAUCACUCACACUGCCUCAUCCACGUUUACGCAAAUACCUGCUGCUACUACGUUCACCCAAAAUCAGAAUCUUCAUCUUGCCACAAAACAGCAAGGAGUGCCUUGUAACGUUACUAUGCAGCCACCUAAAAAUCCAACACCUUUUGCUGUACCUAAAGCUGGCCCUCCUGCAGGGCUUGGCAGUAGACCUAAACAGCUACCGAAAUAUGUGCCUGGAAAGUCAGAGCUGGUCCCAAUAGCGCCCGCUGCCUCACCAAGUGCCUUCCUCACGCAAUUUUUGGCAUCAGGCUCCAGUGCUGUUCUUGUAACCUCAACCCAUUUAAAAGCUGAAGGAGUACUGACUUGUAGAGUUACCCAACCCAGUGUUGUUAUCACACCGGCUGCCAUUGCUACGGCCUCGGGUGUACCAGAUUUCCACGGCAGUAUUUUAGUUGGCCCUGCGCAACAACCAGGCGUGAUGAGCUCUUCACGGCAGACGUCGCAGCCCGUUAAAUCAGCCAUGUCACAUUUGUUUGCUACAAGUGUAGUCCCGAGUACAAUACGAUUGCAGCCCAAAACUGAGCAGAUCACACCUCCAACUUCAAACAGGCAGGCACCUUCACCCACACCUACAAAUCGGGAGCGACAGAAUUCAGGUCAAGGCUCACCAGCAUCAUCAGAGAGCCCGCAGUCUCCCUUAAACAGUUCUACAAAGUCUAAACCAGAGCAGCCAGUUGUGGUACUUAAGAGUCGAAGAAUGACCCAUAUUUCAGCAGAACAGAAAAGACGAUUUAACAUCAAAAUGGGUUUUGAUACUCUUCAUAGCCUGGUGACCACUUUAAAAUGUCAGUCUAACAUAAAACCGAUCAGCAAUGCAGUCACUCUGCAGAAGACCGUGGAAUAUAUAGCAAAGCUGCAGCAGGAGAGGUCACAGCUGCAGGAUGAAGCUAAGCGUCUCAGGGAAGAAAUUGAAGAGCUUAAUGCUUCAAUCAGUGUCAGUCAGCAGCAACUCCCUGCCACUGGUGUCCCAGUAACACAGCAACGAUUUGACCACAUGAAGGAACUGUUCGAUGAGUAUGUCAAAUCACGAACACUUCAGAACUGGAAGUUUUGGAUUUUCAGCAUAAUCAUUAAACCAUUGUUUGACUCUUUUAAUACUAUGGUUACAAGCACAAGUUUAGAUGAUUUAUGCAAGUCAACGUUGUCCUGGGUGGAUCAGCACUGUUCUCUACCUGUUCUUCGACCAAUGGUACUGAGCACACUUCGUCAUCUAAGUACUACCACAUCGAUUCUGUCUGAUCCAACGCUGAUGCCUGAACAAGCUAUUCAAGCUGUCAAUCAGAUCAGUAAGAGCAGUGGGGAAUCAUAGCAUCUACACCCGAUGGCAUUUCCUGUGACAUGUGGAAGUCUCAUGGUUGAAGAUAAUCCUUCUGGUGGAAAAGCACAGAAAUGCUUUUCAUCCCUCUCUUCCUCUUUGUGACUUUUGCACUUUAAUUAUGAAAGCUGUGAUCUAGAAAGUUAGGCAGCCUGAAGUUUACUACUGGGUCUUAAACACUUGUUCUUCAUCAAGCCUUCUGAUUUAUUAAUAAAUCCAAUAAUUAACCACGAAAGAUCAAUUCCAAAAUCAUGGAAACUAUUAUUACCUAUAAGUGUCAAUGCUGCAUGCUAAAUUUCCUGUGUGAUGCAUUACAAUUCCUAGUAGCACAAGCAAUAUUUAAGUUUUUUUUCUGUAUUUAACAGAAAAUAUCAGUGAAGUGCCGAGCUUCAGCCUGUGUCACUUGUAGUGUGUGGGGAAGGAAGAUGGCAGAAAUGUGGAGUACAUUGUUAAUAAUGUAUGCUGGCUGUUUUUAGCAUUACUGUUUUUGAAGAUUAAGGAUAAGGUUAACUGUCCUUGAGACUCUUGAAAGGCGCCCAUAAAUAAAUUUAUUAUUAUUAUUACUCUCAUUAAUUUGCUUUCAUACUCUGCAUCCAAUUUUUGGUUACGAAUACUUAGUUUAAUUUUUAGCUUCAGAGCUACAGUUUCUCGCAGCUCAUUUUUACUUUCUUAUUGUAUUAACAUGAGCGUGGGAUUGCGUUCUCCUGAUGAAGCAACAGAAGGUUUAUCUAUUAGUAAUUUAACAUCCCUCUUCUGUGCAUUGGUCUCAUGAUCAAGAAGAAAGUAAUACUCAGGUACACACACGUUGCAUACGCUAUGAAUAGUAAUAAGAUGUUGUUUGUAAUAAAUGAAAGCCUCAAGUGAAAAAAUCAGUUCAUGUAGUUCUUUGUAAAUUGCUGUUAAAAUUUAAGUGUAAUUUAUUUAAGGGAAGUCACCUCAAGGGUGAUACUUUUUGGAUACUUCCAACAACGUUAUUUUUUGUUUGAACUCCAUUGCUUUAGUCCUACCCAUUUGAUUUAUUAUUUCCCAACAAGCUUUCUGAAAAACAUGAAGAUUGUACAUUAAAAACCAAAGACAAUACUUUGCUGGGAUAAAAGCAGAUGUUUUUGCAUUGGGUUUCCAUUCUACAGUGAGCAGGCUUGAAUAACAUUAAAUGGAUAAUGUUUAUUAAUGCAGAUCAGUGCAUGGAUUCACCUGUUAUGUUGUGAGAAAGAAAAACAAGCACAUUUGUUCGAACAUUUUCAUUGUUGCCUCAAGAAAUAAAAUCUUUCCUUUGCAGAAAAUUAAAUUGUUUUGUAAAUGAUGUGGCAGAAAGCAUUAAUUCUGUUGUGAUUAUAUGGGGCUACAGAAAACCAGGUGAUAUUCAAUGUAGAUUCUGUAAACAAUUUGUGCAAAAUCUGAAACUUGAUUGGUGUACAUAAUUGUUUUUGGCUUCUAGUGCUACCUACAGAUUGUUCUAUUUAGAACCAUGAUGUAUUUAAGCUUCAUUUAUAUUUUAUUAAAUAAAAUAGAAACCAAUUCUACAUUUGACCUUUCAUUUCAGUGGUCAUUUGAUUGAAUCUACAAUUACUCGCAGUGGAUGCCGGAUUAUUCAUGAAAGGUUUAUGCUUUAAAAUGUUUUGAAGUGCACGCCUCAAGUUUGCUCAGUCAAAUGGUCUGUGGUGGUAUUAAGUCUACAGAAUAAGAUAGUCUUGGGGUUACUGAGUUAGCUGCUGUCAGCUAAGUCAUUUGCAGAUUGCUGUAUUGUGCUGGAUGAUUUCAGUCAAGGCAAUGGUAUGUUCGGUGCAGUGGGGUCUGGGCACCAAGGUGGACCAUGACCAUUCAGGUGACACGAGGAAUGUUUUUGACAUUUCCUCCAUGGGUGAAAGGUUCUGACAGUCUACCUUAUCUAUGCCUCUCAUAGUUUUAUAUACUUCUAUCUGAUCUCCCCUCAGCCUCUGAUGUUCCAAAGGAGACAAUCCAAGUUUGCCAACCUCUCCUUAUAGGUAAUCCAGGCAGCAUUCUGAUAAACAUCUUCAAAUUGCAUCAUUUAAUUUACAUUUUCCAAAAUUCUUCCUGACAAAAUGAACCAUGCCAUACUUUACUGUAUUAAAUUGCACCAAUGAUAUGUCUGUCCACUAGUCAGUCUGUGUCCUCAUGAAAGUUAUUUCUAUCUGUCUUGCUGCUGUUAUUUGUGGAUUUUGAAAUUAUCUCCUGUAUACUAGCUUCAACAGGAGCCAUUAUCUCAGAUUAACUGAUGGGGGAACGCCAUUGUAUUCUGAGAAAUAAGCACUCAUCUCAUUUCUGCUUUCUGUCUCUUAUCCAGUUUUGUAUUGAAUGGGCAAUCGCCCCGUAAAUCCAUUGCUUUUCAAUGGAAAGUGGAAAAUGACAUGAAAUGCCUACAAUCGAGAAAUAACUUGAUGAUGAUCUUUUACGGUAACUCUUCAAUCAUCCAGGUAUUUUUUAUCAAGAGUUUGAGGCAAAGCUUAUUCUCAUGUGAAAGUUUUAGUAUGUGAUGUGACUCAUAUUAAAACUAUAUUUUAAAUAAUAUUUUUUUUAUUUUAAAAAAAAAGGUGCCUAGCUGUUUACAACAAAUUCCACCUGGUUUCAUGCUCAAUGAAAAAUAUCAAUUGAAAGAUCAUUCUUUAAUGCAUUAUUCUUGAUUUUACUAUUAAAAAAAUCCAUAAAACAUUUUUAGAAUUCUAACAGUAGAGAAGCAAGCCAUUUGGCACAUCAGGUCUGUGGUAGAUCCUAAAAGAGCAGUAGACAAAAGUGCUAGAGAAACUCAGCGGGUGCAGCAGCAUCUAUGGAGAGAAGGAAAAAAAAAUCUGCUCCUAAAAGAGUAGUCUUGCCCAUCUCCAGCCCUGUUCCAUUUGCACUGCCCAGCAAUUGAUUCCCUCUUAAUUCCUAACCGGUGGCACCAAUUACUUUUCUAUACAAUUAUGGGCAGUGAAUUCCAGAUCCUAAUUAUGUUUGUGUUAAAAAUAUAUAUAUAUAUAUAUUGCCUCGUCCGCCUUGUAGGUUUUGCCCAGAGCUUGAAAUGUGUCCCUGGGUCUCUGAAGUAGACACUGAAGGAAAAUGUUUUUCUCAUUAUUAACCUUAUCUAAACCUUUAGCCUUGCACUUCUAUUUAAGUCUCCUCAACAUUAUUUUUACUUAAUUAAAACUAACCCUGCCCUCUCCAUCUAACCGUAUAACAGAAAUCCCUCCAUACCAUCAACUGUUUUGGUAUAUUUUUUCUGUACUUUCUCGAGGAUCGCCACACCUUUUGUAAUGUCUGGCUAUCUGAAGUUAUGCUACUAGUGGAUAUGUAAGGAACUCCUUGACACUACAGAACACAGUGCUGGAGUAACUCAGCGGGUCAGGCAGCAUCUCUUGAGGACAUUGAUCGGCGAUGCUUCGGGUCAGGCCUCUUCUUCAGACGAAUGGUUUGAAGAAGGGUCCCGUCCCAAAACCUCCAGAGAUGCUGCCUGACACGAUGAGUUAUUCCAGCACUUUGGGUUCUGAGGAGUGUUUUGUGUGACUCCGGGUAACUUCGCAGAUUUUCAGAUGCCCGUACAUUUUACUAAUCCCUCUCAACUCGCCUUCCAUUUUCAAUAUCUGUGUCCAUGUAAACAGUUUGUUCCUGCACAUCCUUUGGAAUUGUGCUGUUUAGUCCACAUUGUCUCUUCUUAUUCUCCUUGUCAAAGUGUACAAGUUCACACUUCAAUGUAUUAAUUUUUAUCUCUGUGCCUGAUUUCCUCCUCACCAUCCAUUACCAUUCCAUGCCCUUCUUCAUCUGCAUAUUUUGAAACUUGAACCUGUGGACCCAUGUCCAUAUCAUUAAUGUAUGUCAGAAAACAAAAAGUGGUCCCAACACUGACUCUCGGAAGAGAAUACCACCACUUAACAUCUUUCUGUCCAAAAACAAUUAUAGUCCAAUACUCUCAGCUUUCUCUUUGAAAUUAUUUUCCUUUCCUUGCUUAUCGUGGCUUUUUAACUCAUGGGAUUUUGAAAAUCUUUGUAGAUUAUACUAUUUUCCUUGAUGAAGACUAAAACAAAGUACAUAUUUAAUAUCACAGCUUUGUUGUCUGUUGCAUGGCAAAGAUUAGCUCCAAUUUGCCCCACACCUACUCUUAGAACUAAUUUACUAUUUCUGUACCUAUCGAAGACUUUUGUGUUUCCUUUCGUGUUAGCUGGCUUCUCUGCUGCUUGAUUGUCAUAUCUUUCCUGUUUAUUCUUCUUUCAAUUAAGUGUAUUUGGCGUUGUCCUUUGUCGAUAUACUUGCUUUGAUUGUUUGAAAGAUGCUGCAUGGAAACAGGCCCUACGACCCUCCAAGUCCAUCAAACACCCCUUCACAGAAGUUCUGUGUUAGUCCAUUGUUGCAUUUACUCUUACAAACAAAGGAAAAUUUACAGAGGCCAAUUAACCUCAAACCCCGCAUGUCUUUGGGAUGUGGAAGGAAACCAGAUCAGCCGGAGGAAACCCAUAUAGUCACAGGGAAAACAUGCAAACUCCACACAGACAGCACCUGAGGUCAGGAUCGAUCAUGGGACUCCAGCACGGUGAGGCAGUAGCUCAACCAGGUGCGCCACUGUACCACCCUUUGUGAGUCUUUCAGCAUCUUUUCUCUUGUCUUCAACACUCAGGGAUCUCUGGUUUCGGUACGUUUCUCUUUCCCCCUGGUGGGGAGGGAAUGACACUUUCUGUUACAGUUUAUUCUAGCCCAGUCCCAUCUUGUCAAAGUUAGAAUGUCUCCCUGCGUUGUUGACUACUAAUCUAAACCUUGGGGUUCAUUGAUCACUGCUCCUAUGUGUUUUCCCACUUGUUUUAUCUGACUGAACUCUCUCCCGGCAACUAGAUCCAACAACAUUCCCAUCAGAAAUUGCUGGAGGAACUCAAUGGGUGAGGCAGCAUCUGUGGAGGGAAUGGACAGGGUGAAGAAGGGUCCCGACCUGAAAUGGCUUCUGCCCAUUCCCUCUACAAAUGCCGACUGACCAACUGUGCUCCUCCAGCACUGUGUUUUGCUCAAGAUUCCAGCAUCUGCAGCUUCUUGUGUCUCUAAUUGGGUCAAGAACAUACUAAUCAAAUGCAAGGUACAUUGUUGCACGGAAGUACACAGAAUCUACUGUGAAAAAACAAAGCACCUUAACAUGUAAACUUGUGCCUCUUGCAGACUUCCCCAAUUCCCCUUGACAGCCAAGUCUUUGAGCCUAACUUUCACUUCCAUUCUCCUACUUGUGCUUUGCCAGCUUGCCCUUGUGUACAUCAGAGUUAUGUGUCUCAACUACGAAAGCUUUGUUUUGAAUGCUCUUCAAUCAAAUCAGAUAAUGCUAUACAUAAAUACAAUCAAACCAAACACAAGUACAAUAGGUAGAGCAAAGGGGAAGAUGCAUAGUGCACAAUAUAAUUCUCAGCAUUGUAAUGCAUCAGUUCAAGACAGUUCAAUGUUCACAAUGGGGUAGAGGUGAAUUCGACAGUACCCCAGCUUAUGGACCGGCUGUUCAGAAGCCUGAUUCCAGAGUGGGAGAGUCCGGUGGCGUGUGCUUUCAAACUUCUGUAUCUUCUGCCCAACAGAAAUAUGGAGUUCAACAUAACUUUCAGUCCUUGGGUAAAGAGGCUUUUCAUAAAUUUGUUAUUGAAUAUAUUGAUAACCUCUUUUAUAACCUCUUUUUUUCGCUACAUUGAGAAGUAUUUCCACUGCAUACAUCCAGUAUACAUCAAAUAGCUUCUCUUGUGUCUCACCUUAGCCUUUUUAAUCUGAGGAAAAAACCCCAACCUGUUGAAUCCUUUCAGUGGAGCCUUUUGAUUUCCACUUUGCGAAUAUCUACACAUUUCCCCGUGCCUAUACAUAUUGUUUCGAAGAAAAGGUGACCAUUGCGGUGAACAGCUUUCACAGGUUAAGAAUAAUUUAGCGCAACUCAUAGAGUCAUACAGUAUGGACAAGACUUUUUGGCCUACCACGUUUGAGCUGAUACUUGCACUAAUCCCAUUUUAUUCUCUCCGCAUUCCUUUGGCCCAAUCAACCUGACCUUUGGGAAUUGGGAGAAAACUGGUGCCCAGAGGAAACCCAUGCAUUUACAGGGAGAAUGUGCGUACCCCAAUGAGACAGUAUCAGAGAUCAGUAACAAAUCACUGGUGUAAAAUCCAACUAGAAUAUCUUUAAAAAUUAAAAUCUUGUGUCCCAUUUCCCCAUGUGUGCUUUAUUGUUACAUUUGACGUCUUAAAUAUAUGUAAAUCAUCUUUUACCAUCGUGAGCAAUAUAUGGUCUAAUUAUGACUAAAUUAAGCAAUAAUUGACAUCCUCAAAUUCUGCAGAAGGAACUUGCUGAUGGGAAUGUAAAAUGAAUCCUUUGAGUUGCUGCUCUCAAUUGCAAUCUCCUAUGCAAUGUAACAUAGCCAUAUGUUGAGCCCAAUGCAAUUUUAAAUCAAUACGGGACAUUAAUUUUUUGCAUAGUGUUUCUACUGGUGCAUGAGUCAGAUCUGUAGAGAUAAGUUUUUGAGAGAUCAUAAGUGAUUAUCAUUUAAAUGUGUUGCUGCUUCUGCAAAAAGUUGAAUUAUUGGAGCCACCUCUCCCACAAUUUGUGUAGCUGAUCCAUUUUUAUUGUGUUUGUUACAUGAUGUCUGAAACCUGGAUGUAUUGGCAUCAUUUUAAUUCGCAGUUGAGUUUGUGUGUUGUAGGUCACAUAAAUUAUAAUUCUGACGCUGUUACCGGUUGUAACUAUUUUGUUUGUAUUUUAUUUGCAUAAACCCAAAGCACUUAAAGUGUUGUGCUGACUGUAUAUGAAGUGUACCUAUGCACGAUCUGUGAAUAUUGUUAUUUGUUUUCAUCGGAUCAUUAAAUAUAUGAGCUCUUUUCUUAA